UCUCACCUGGCGGCGCCGCCCGCCCACCGCCCGGACCACAGCCCCUGCGCCGACGACGACAGCCACAUUGGCCGCGACAGCGGCGGGGGACACUGCUGAGUCAAAGAGAGCGGAGCCUGGCCAUCGGACCUACUUACGCCUUGCUGAUUGUCUAUUUUUAUAAGAGUUUACAACUUUUCUAAGAAUUUUUUUGUAUACAAAAGAACUUUUUUUAAAGAAAACAGAUAUCUCCAAUUUAUAUUUAAUCCAAAGAAGAAGGAUCUCGGGCAAUUUGGGGUGUUUUUUUUUUUUGGUUUGGGGUUUUGUUUCCUUUUUAUUUUUAAUCUUCGUUGACUUUGGGGUUUGGAUAACCCCGCUGCUUUGAGCUCCCGAGGACCUUCUGGGCCCCCACAUUAAUGAGGCAGCCACCUGGCGAGUCUGACAUGGCUGUCAGCGACGCGCUGCUCCCGUCCUUCUCCACGUUCGCGUCUGUCCCGGCGGGAAGGGAGAAGACACUGCGUCCAGCAGGUGCUCCGAAUAACCGUUGGCGAGAGGAACUCUCUCACAUGAAGCGACUUCCCCCGCUUCCCGGCCGGCCCUACGACCUGGCGGCCACGGUGGCCGCAGACCUGGAGAGCGCCGGAGCUGGCGCAGCGUGCAGCAGCAGCAACAGCAACAACAACCCGGCCCUCCUACCGCGGAGGGAGACCGAGGAGUUCAACGAUCUCCUGGACCUAGACUUUAUUCUCUCCAACUCGCUAUCCCACCAGGAAUCGGUGGCCGCCACCGUGUCCUCGUCGGCCUCGGCCUCGUCCUCGUCCUCGCCCUCGAGCAGCGGCCCCGCCAGCGCGCCCUCCACCUGCAGCUUCAGCUACCCGAUCCGGGCCGGGGGUGACCCGGUUGUGGCGGCCGGCGGCACCGGUGGUGGUGGUGGUGGUGGGCUCCUCUACAGCCGGGAGUCGGCACCGCCCCCCACGGCUCCCUUCAACCUGGCGGACAUCAACGACGUGAGCCCCUCGGGCGGCUUUGUGGCCGAGCUCCUGCGGCCCGAGUUGGACCCGGUGUACAUUCCGCCGCAGCAGCCGCAGCCGCCAGGUGGCGGGCUGAUGGGCAAGUUCGUGCUGAAGGCGUCGCUGAGCGCCCCCGGCAGCGAGUACGGCAGCCCGUCGGUCAUCAGUGUUAGCAAAGGCAGCCCCGACGGCAGCCACCCGGUGGUGGUGGCGCCCUACAGCGGCGGCCCACCGCGCAUGUGCCCCAAGAUCAAGCAGGAGGCCGUCUCCUCCUGCACGGUUGGCCGGCCCCUAGAGACCCACUUGGGCGCUGGACCCCAGCUCAGCAACGGACACCGGCCCGCCGCGCACGAGUUCCCCCUGGGGCGGCAGCUCCCCAGCAGGACUACCCCGACGCUGGGUCCCGAGGAACUGCUGAACAGCAGGGACUGUCACCCUGCCCUGCCGCUUCCCCCUGGAUUCCAUCCCCAUGCGGGGCCCAACUACCCUCCUUUCCUGCCCGACCAGAUGCAGUCACAAGUCCCGUCACUCCAUUACCAAGAGCUCAUGCCACCCGGCUCCUGCCUGCAAGAGGAGCCCAAGCCAAAGAGGGGAAGAAGGUCGUGGCCCCGGAAAAGGACCGCCACUCACACUUGUGAUUACGCAGGCUGUGGCAAAACCUAUACCAAGAGUUCUCAUCUCAAGGCACACCUGCGAACCCACACAGGUGAGAAACCUUACCACUGUGACUGGGACGGCUGUGGGUGGAAAUUCGCCCGCUCCGAUGAACUGACCAGGCACUACCGCAAACACACAGGGCACCGCCCCUUCCAGUGCCAGAAGUGUGACCGGGCCUUUUCCAGGUCGGACCACCUCGCCUUACACAUGAAGAGGCACUUUUAAAUCCCACCGUGGAUACCACCCACACUGCCAGGAGAAAAUUCAGUAUUUUUUUUAAACCUUUCAUACUGUCUUCCCGUGAAGGGAAGUGCCCAGCUGGCAAGCGCUACAAUCAUGGUCAAGUUCCCAGCAAGUCAGCUUGUGGAUGGAUAAUCAGGAGAAAGGAGGGAAUCCAAAGGACAAAAAUCAAAGAACAGAUGGGGUCUAAGACUGGAUCUUCUAUCAUUCCAAUUCCAAAUCCAACUUGAAUAUGCCUGGACUUACAAAACGCCAAGGGGGUGACUGGAAGUUUGUGGAUAUCAGGGUAUAAAUAACAUUUGAUCCGUGAGCUGGGGGGAGGGAAGACCAGAAUUCCCUUGAAUUGUGUUCCAAUGCAAUAUAAAGAUAAGGAUCACCUUGUAUUCUCUUUGCCUUCUAAAAGCCAUUAUUAUGUUAGAAGAAGAGGAAGAAAUUCAGGUACAGAAAAUGUUCUAAUAGCCUAAAUGAUGGUGCUUGGUGAGUCGUGGUUCUAAAGGUACCAAAUGAGGAAGCCAAAGUUCUCCAACUGCUGCAUACUUUGACAAGGAAAAUCUAUUUUUGUCUUCCGAUCUACAUUUAUGACCUAAGUCAGGUAAAUACACCUGGUUUACUCCUUUAACAUUUUUAUGCAGACAGUCUGUUAUGCACUGUGGUUUCAGAUGUGCAAUAAUUUGUACAAUGGUUUAUUCCCAAGUAUGCCUUAAGCAGAACAAAUGUGUUUUUUCUAUAUAGUUCCUUGCCUUAAUAAAUAUGUAAUAUAAAUUUAA